AAAGCUUUCAUAAACUGCCCGACAAGUGCGCCAUUGUAGUUUUUAAGAGCGUGGCGUAUUUUCUGCGCAGUGAAGAUAUCUCGGCAAAUUUUCAGUUCGUGUUUUCGCGUGUGGUGGUCUUUUAGUGUCGACUCGACUUACAUCGGGUUUCUUCGUGCGGCAGCUUACAGGUGCGUUGGAUUCUUUCUCAUACGAAGCAACUGCGAACGCCUAGGCGUUCAAAAUGGCUCCCAGUCCAGAUAGCGGUAGCUUAACAAAGAAAAAGAUAUCGGAUCUUCGAGUCAUCGACUUGCGCGGAGAGCUUGAGAAACGUGGCUUAGAUAAAACUGGAGUGAAAGCAGCGCUUACGGAACGGUUAUCGAAGGCUCUGAAGGACGAAGGUGAAGAUCCGGACGUUUUUGAGUUCGAGGUUCCAUCAGAGCCGUCUCCCGUGAAAAAGGUAAUAACGAAGAGAGUGAACAAGAAGUUAUCUCAGGAUACGGAGUCGGAAACUCAAAGCAAUGACGACGUUCAGGAACAAGGAGACUCCGAAUACGAGGAUGACGCCGAGGUUGAAACAGUAGAUGAGGACGACGACAGCCAGGUGGAGGCCGAGGUGAGGCCUAACACUAAGGAGGAGUCAAACAUGGAGAAAUCCGAGGCCGUGACAACGGAGGAUGCGAAAGAGGCAGGUGACACUGCUGUGCAACAGCCCGAAAAACAAAAGGAGAACGGGAAAGUGUCCAAAAGCGAAAAGAGCGAGGAGACCCGUCCUCCAGAGUCAGACCAAACAUUGAUCGUCCACGCGGACGACAGUCAUGACUUGGAUAACGAUAUUGAUGAAGAGGACAAAGAACAGAAGGAUGGUGAGGAGGCGGACAGCAGCAUUUCGAAAGCACAACCCAAAAAGGCUGAUGCGGCCCCAGCCGACAAUGAAGAGGCCGCUAAGGAAGCUACGAAAAAGGUCGCUGCCAAAAAGCCUGCUGCAGCGACACCCAAAGCGACAAAGGCGUCGCCAAAAGUUGAGAAAGAACUGUUACGUAACCUUUGGGUGAGCGGUCUCGCAAACACCACACGAGCUGCAGACCUCAAAGCGUUGUUCGGGAAAUAUGGAAAGGUGACCUCAGCAAAGAUAGUCACCAAUGCAAAGACACCUGGCUCCAGAUGUUACGGCUACAUGACCAUGGGCACUGCCGAGGAAGCGACAAAGUGCAUUCAACAUUUGCACCGUACCGAGCUCCAUGGCAAGAUGAUUUCUGUGGAACGCACUAAGAACGAGCCAGGUGGCGCACUUCGCAAGGCAGAGGCAAAGCCUGCCGCAGCUGCUGCUACCACCCCAGCAGCCAAGCCACCAGCACCAAAGGAAGUCAAAGAAGUUAAGGCUAAGCCAGUAAAGGCUGCCGAGCCAAAGAAAAAAGAGGUUGAGAAAGCAAAACCUGCCGAAAGCAAGGAGGAACCGGAAAAGGCCGAAGCCGCGGAAGAGGAGGAGGCAGAGGUAGUUGCGGAAGAGAAUCCUGAAGAAAAGGAAGAAACCGAGGAAAGUGACAAGGCAAAGAAGAAGCACCGCGACGAGAAAGGACGUCGCAGGGGAAGCCGCAGCCGCUCGAAGGAACGGGGCGGCCGUAACCGCCGCUUCUUCAGACCAUUCAAUCGAGGCUUCCGCGGCAGCGGUUUCCGGCGCGGUUUUGGCCGCCGCCCUUUCUUCAAGACUCCUUUCCGCGGCAGGAUGGGAUCCGGCGAAUUCCGGGGGAAUCAGUCAAACUUCCGAGCAGACGCUGCCACGUCGUACCGCCAGCGAGAGCUGGAACGGAGGCAGCGUGAAGAAUCCAUGCGCAUUGAGCGCGAACGGGAGAGGCUUCGUGUCGAGCGCGAGAAACUGGAGCGGGAACGCCUCGACCUGCUCAGGCUCGAGCGGGAGAAGCAGAGGCUGGAGCGGGAGAGGAUCCAGCGAGAGCGGGAGGAGCUUCGACAGAGGAAACUGGGACGUGCAGCCGUGAUGGAAGACGUUGCCCGUCGUCCCGUGAAGCGGGCCUAUGAGGAGGAGGUCCGUCCAGCCCGCAACGAGUUUGCAGAAGGAGGCUACUGGAGGGAAAACAAAAGGCAGCAUGUCCGACCCGAGUACGACAACACCAUGUCUCGCGACCGGGACGACAGGAAAGGGUCCGAACGCUACGACCGGGGCGGGCGGGGCGGAUUCCUCCCCGAACCGGACUUCCGUGCCGGCGGCCGCCCCAUGGCACGAGAACGACCCCGAGAGUCCCCACCUGGUCGGCGAAUGGAGCAGCGGUUUGCCGGCAAGGAAGGAUUCGGAUCGUCCGGCGGGUCGUUUGGUGGACGCUUCUCCGGAGGCGAUGGUUGGAGCGGCAGCCAUCAUCAGGGGAGCCGCGGAGGAGGCUACUCCUCCUCCAGUGCAGUGGGAGGCGGCGGCUCCCAGUCGUGGGGAGCGGACAUGGGUCGCAAGCAGGACUCCUCGCACGGCCAGUCGUGGCAGGGCCAAGGAGAGCGCUGGGGUGGCGCGGGAGGUGCCAAUAUGGGGAUGAGGGGUAUGGGCGGGGGUGGAAACCUCAUGGGUCAGGGGUCUCAAGGUUACGGAGGCAGUUCCGGCGGCGCGGGCAUGAUGCAGCACUCCGGUAUGGGUGGCGGCGGCGGCGGCAGCUUUGGUAGCACGGGGGGGCGAUACGCUGGAGGGGGUGGCAUGAGAAGGUACUAGCUUCGUGCGUCCUCACAAAGAGUCAACCAUUGAGUCGUUCCUCCUCGUUCUUUUUUUUCGUUAACCUCAUUAACGCAGAAGUAUGCGCUACAAAUUAUUUUUGGUGCCCGACGAAAUGGCCAUCUACCUACCCCUCGUUGCCACGAAGACUUGAUGUUGGGAACGUCGAAGAUUGUUUCGGACGCCGGCGCAAUUCGUACAUACGUACACGCAAGCAACUGUACCGGUCUCUCGGCAUGGCAGAAGUUGCUCGUGGCGGAGUAAUCAUGACUUAGAUUCAACGGCGGCAAAGCAUUCAAAGGCAUUGCUCAAAACGGCGUUUCUAGACGUCGAUUGUGGUAGACACCUGUAGCGUUCUUUUUUUUUUUUUUCGUUUGUCUCGUAGCUCACAGUCAUUCCAUUCGUUGCAUCCUCACUCCCUUCUCCGCCCCCACUUUAAGCUCCGCCACCUUUUCAUGUUGCAUUACGGUGUCCGACGGAAAAUAGCAGUACCUGCACCUCGCACCAGUAUUGUCAUUGGGAGCGCUGGAACUGCACCGGUUUUCACAAAUACCGUUAUCAUUUUGAAAUACGAAACAUCGACCGUCUUUGUUUUGAGUGUCACAGAGAAAUAAAGUUGACUCGUUGAGUUGUUGGGGGUACGGCUACGAUCUUAUUUAGGUAGGUAUCACAAAGAUAUUGGCGAUCAGCGUUACUCUAUCUGUAGCGGGUAUAGUUCUUCGGAUUUUUAAUAACUUUGGAAAGUGCUUAACGUUGCCUACAAAAUUUAUGAAUAAGUUUGCACAUUGUGCUGAAGUGUUAAUGUGUCUGGAGGUUUUGCAAAAGUGAUCGUAAAGGUUCUCUGUAGAGUCACAUCACCAGCAGCCUGGAACAUUCAUCUUUUUCCCUCUUUGACUCAAGUUUUCAUUUUAUACCUUGUGAUUUCAAUCUUCCAUUGCAGUGCUUCGGCAGUCUUCGCCAUGUGAAUGGAGUCUUGUGCAAAAUGUUGUAUUAAAAGAUAUGUGUAUUGCA